AUGCCCUUCAUCAAGCUCUACUUCACUCCUGCACUGCUGCUCCUGGUGCUUUCCUGUCCUCUGUGGCAGGUCAGCCAGUCUUUGCCUGUGAUGACUAAGGGGCCGAUGAUGGACUCCUGUGUUUUAUAUGCACGGACACUUCUAGAGAACAUCACUGAUGCACUCACACAGAAUAACCUGUUCAGUGGAAUUGACUGCAAGAAACAGAGUGUGGAGCUGAACAUGGAGACUAGCACACCAUCUGUGUGUGCACCAAAGGAGUCAACAUGUUCAGGAAUCGUUAAGUCAGAAUUUGAUCAGGAGAUGUGUCUGACAAACAUCAGGAAGGAUCUGCAUCACUACUACAAAUUUCUAGCUGCUCAGCCGGAUCCUGACAGUUUACUUGGUCCAACUGUUCUGUUCAGCCUCAGAGAACUCAUGGAGAACUGCUUUACAUGGUCUCUGCCAACAAACAUGGCCUCAAAAGAGGUUGCUGUAGACCGUCCAAGCACCUACGAUGAAAGACUGAGCCUCUGCAAAGUGUUGAAGGGCUUCCAGGUCCGCACCAUCACAAUCAACAGAGUCCUUGCAUACAUGAACUCUGGAGAACACACUAAAUAAAUCAGUGAGCUCUAACAGAUCAGUAGUUUCAGAAACGUAUACAGAACCUCUUUACAUUCAAAUGACAAACUACAGUAACAGUUGUUAAAAUGUUACAUUCAAAUAAUCUAGCGGUGACAGAAAACACUUCAGUCUAUUUUAUUACUUCAUAACAGUUUUAAAGGUACAUAUUUAUUAUUUUUAGUCAUUAACUUAUAUUUGACAACAAGAUGAUGUGUAAAAGCUUUCUUUUAUAUAAGUGUAUUUGCAGACUGUGCUAUUUAUUUAUUAAUAUUUGUUUUAUUC